AUGAAAAAUAGCUACAACUCAUCUCCUGCUGAAUUGCUUGAAUCCUCAAACACCAAAUUGUGGUCACUCAAGCUGACUCUGGAGGUGGCAGCUUGGUUCAUCUUGCUUAUUUUCAUCUUGGAGAUCCUUCUUAUGUGGAUAUCCAGCUUUUUCCUCUUCUGGAAGAAUGCCUGGAAUGUCUUUGACUUUGUUGUCACCGUAUCGUCCCUGCUUCCUGAGGUUGUGGUGCUGGUAGGGGUAACAGGCCAGUCUGUGUGGCUCCAGUUGCUGAGGAUUUGCCGGGUGCUAAGAUCUCUCAAACUCUUUGCACGAUUCCGUCAAAUUCGAGUCAUUAUUUUGGCCCUGGUGAGGGCUCUCAAGAGCAUGACCUUCCUCUUGAUGUUGCUGCUCAUCUUCUUCUACAUUUUUGCUGUGACUGGUGUCUACUUCUUUGAGGAUUUCACCCGUUCAACUCGCCAGGACCUGAAGUACCACAUGUUCUUCUCGGACCUGCUGAAUUCCCUAGUGACAGUGUUCAUCCUCUUCACCAUGGACCAUUGGUACGCACUGCUUCAGGAUAUCUGGAAGGUGCCUGAAGUCAGCCGUGCCUUCAGCAGCAUCUAUGUCAUCCUUUGGUUGUUACUUGGUUCCAUUAUCUUUCGAAACAUUAUAGUAGCUAUGAUGGUUACUAAUUUCCAGAAUAUCAGGAAUGAGCUGAAUGAGGAGAUGACACAUCUGGAGGUUCAGCAUAAAGCCGACAUAUUCAAGCGGCAGAUUAUCCAGAGGAGACAAAACCUGUCCCCUGAAGCAAUGAGGUCAAGCCUAAGCAAAGUGGAUGCCAGAGAUGCCAGCCAACAAAGAGAAUCUUUGGACUUAUCAAAAGCUUUUGAAGAAGAGUCUAAACACAGUGCUGAUGAAGAGGGUUCAAGAACAUCUGCACCGAAAAUAAAAGAUUCCUUGUCAAAAACGAAGAAGUCCUCAUCUUCCUCCUCCUCCUCUUCCUCUUCCUCUUCUUCCUCCUCAUCUUCAUCUUCCUCCUAUUCCUCUUCUUCUGAGUCCAGAUAUUUAGAUUCCAUUGGUCCGUUGGACUGGGAGACUCAUGUGCACCAGAAUCUGCCUGGGCUAAUGGAAAUGGAUCAGGAUGACCAUGUCGUUUGGCCUAGAGAUUCACUCUUCCGAUAUUUUGAAUUGCUAGAAAAACUUCAGUAUAACCUAGAGGAGCGUAAGCGGUUGCAGCAGUUUGCAGUGCAGGCACUGAUGAACUUUGAAGACAAAGAAAGCUGACAAUGGAUGGCUUCGAUUUCUUUGGCAAAAAUUAAUGAAAGGAAUAGUUGGAAAUGGAAAACUCAAAGUAUAAAUGUCUAAUAAAUACUGUUGAUAAUUA